CUAAUCCACAUUUUACCGAAUAGAGGAUCAGCGCUCCUACGUACCAGGACCAAAAGUUCAAUGUGCGUCGCUUGAAUAAUAAUUGAACGAAUGACAUCAAUAUCGUCCAUGGAGACCGAUUCGAACUUCAUCGAUACCGGCGAUCUUGGUCGUCGCGGCGGCGGCGGCCUAUGUCCUGUGUCCGUCGCCGAACGCACCCUCUCCGGAUGGGACAUGGCCGGUCUCUGGAUCGCCUUGGUCACGAACGUCCCUAACUACUACUUGGCCGGAAGCCUGGUAGAUCUCGGGAUGUCGUGGUGGCAAGGGAUCGCCACAAUCUUCCUCGGCAACCUCGUCAUCGUCGCUCCCAUCUGCCUCACCGCGCACGCUGGCGUUCGCUACGGGGUCCACUUCUCCGUCCAGCUCCGCGCCGCCUUCGGCGUCCGGGGCGCCUUCGUCCCGGCCCUCCUUCGCGCCGUCGUUGCCUGCGGAUGGUGUGGCAUAGAGUCUUGGAUCGGAGGCCAGUCUAUUUUCCUCCUCCUCCUUCCCCGCUCGGCGGCCUCGUCGCCCCUCGCCCAGCCCCUCUCCUGGCUCGGCACCUCGCCGCUUGAGCUUGGCUGCUUCCUCCUCUUUUCUGUCCUCCAGCUUGCCGUCGUAUGGAAGGGUAUGGGUGCGAUCAAUGCCCUAAGCCGGUUUUCUGCCCCAAUCCUGAUCCUCCUCGUCGCUACCCUCUUCGCCUGGGCUUAUGCUGCGGCGGGCAGCUUCGGCGAUAUGCUAUCCACGCCGUCACGCCUCUCCCCUUCCCAGUUCUGGCCCGUCUUCUUCUCCUCUCUCACUGGAUGCGUCGGCACCUGGGCCAGCCUCGCCCUCAACAUCUCCGAUUUCGCGCGGUUCGCAUGCAGCCAAGCCGACCAGGUGUUCGGCCAAAUGGGCCUCCCAAUUUUCCAGACCGCCUUCACCUUCGCCGGCCUCGCCAUCACCUCCGCGACCGUGGUCAUCUUCGGCCGAACGAUCUCCAACCCAAUCGAGCUCCUCUCGACUAUCAAUUCUAACUUCUUCGUCUCCGCCAUCGCCUUCUUCGGGAUCGCCCUGGCGACUAUCACCACUAACAUCCCAGCCAAUUUCGUCGCCCCUGUCACCAUGCUCCUCAGCCUCUGCCCCUCCGCCUUCAGCUUCGCCACCGGCUCGCUGCUCACCGCCGCCAUCAGUUUCGCCUUCCAGCCGUGGAAGCUCAUGGGCUCCAGCGACAGCUUCGUCUACACGUGGCUCGUCGGCUACUCCGCCGUCCUCGGGCCAAUCACCGGGAUCAUGCUCACCGACUACUACGUCCUCCGGCGAGCGCGCCUCGACGUAAGCGGCCUCUACUCCGACAACGAGCACGGGCCGUACUACUACACUGGAGGGUACAACGUGGUGGCAUUUGUGGCGUUGGCGGCGGGCGUGGCCCCGGCGGUCCCGGGUUUCCUGCACAAGGUGGGCGCGGUGGGGGUGACGUGGGAGAUGUUCGACGUGGUCUACGGCAGCGCGUGGUUCUUUGGAGUCUCCAUUGCGUCCUUGGUCUAUUGGGCGCUCUCCCGGUGCUGCGGAUGGGCCGGGCGGCGCCAGCGUCAUCGAGAAGCUUCUUCCACCAGGACAGAGCCGCUCCUCUGUACAGCGAAAAGUUUGGGGUCAUCAGACGUUAGAAAAUUUCCCAAAAUAACAUCACAAAGAUGAAACCGCCGCCGCCGCCGACCUUUCAAAGGGGAGAGAGAGAGAGAGAGAGAGAGAGAGAGAGAGAGAGGAGAAU